GCUGGGUAUCCCUGGCGCCGCGCUCUUUUGCUCUCCCGCCGCUCUGCCUGAACCCCGGAGGCGGCGCCGCAUCGGGGGCCCGCCCCGCGGCCCCGCCCGUCGGGAGCUCGCUCGGCGCCCAGAGCCAGCAGGAGUCCCGGCCGGACCGGGACAUGUCCGCUGAGCCCGAGCUCAUUGAGCUGCGGGAACUGGCACCCGCUCGGUGCGCCGCCCCGGUCCGCACCCGGCUGGAGCGUGCCAACGCGCUGCGCAUUGCUCCGGGCACAGCGCGCAACAACGCAAGGCAGCUGGUCCCGGGCCGAGGCCACCGCUUCCAGCCUGCGGGGCCCGCCACGCACACGUGGUGCGACCUCUGUGGUGACUUCAUCUGGGGCGUCGUGCGCAAGGGCCUGCAGUGCGCACAUUGCAAGUUCACCUGCCACUACCGUUGCCGCGCGCUUGUCUGCCUAGACUGCUGCGGGCCCCGGGACCUGGGCUGGGAACCGGCGCUGGAACGGGAUACGAACGUGAGAUGCGGAGGGAGAUCCACCUGAGAAGAGAAAGGGCUGGAACUGAGGUCACUGCAUCCAGCUCAGGGUUCCUGGAUAACCCAGGAAGGGAAGAGGAAGGAUCCAGGCUAGAGCUCAGAGCCAUCACAAGGAAGGGGGAUAAGAUAGUGUUAUCCCUUUGAUCACCCUGCUCUGUAAGUAGAAUUCUCUUCUUUGUUGCCCUAGCACUAGAGUCUGCUCAACUUUCUCCUGGCACUGGCACUCCUUCCCAUCACAUCUCUCCUUGGGUCUUAACAAACAACACCACCCUUUAUUCCCAGCCUCUAGCCUUCCUCUUACCCCCAGAUGCCUUAUUUUCAGGGCCCACACCAUUGGGUCUUACUAUUUUUCAGGGUUUCCCACUGUCUCCACCAAGGUUUCUACUAGAGUUUCACUUCUCAGUGCUUUUUUCCAUGUAGGAGACUUUUGGAAACAUGGGGCAGCCAAUAGGCUUCAGUUCUCACCUCUCUCCCAGCCUCAAUCCUCUGUGUUGCAUACUUGCUAGCUGCCAAACAGCAGCAGGUUCUAAAUGAGCAUACUGUUGAAAGCUGUGGAUUAUACCCUCCUUUCCCAUCUGUCCUUCCUUUAUAUCCCCAUGAAAUAGUUUAAGCUUAGGGGGCUCCCAGGCAUUAGUCAGGGAGAAGCCUGGCUGUACUGGGCUCAGAGCUGAGCACAAGAUUAAGGUUAUUCUUCAGGAGACCUUCUGGUGGGAACUCCCCUAGAACAGAGCAUUACUCAGUGAUGAUCUCAGCUGUGUCCGUGACACUUUCAUUCCUACUGGAGCCUGUCUGACGUCAACAGGAAGUAAGGCUGAUGCAAUGGGACCAAGGGAGUUUGGCGGAAGCCCUGGUACAUACUCCACCCUUCUGACAAGAAUCCAGUCCCUGGAGGAACAGGGGAAGGGCUGAGUGGUGGAGCUAAAAUCUUUGGACUAAACGUCGAGGCAGCAGGGAAGAGGUGCAGAAGCCUACCUAUUUGGCACUUGUGGGACAGGCUCUACCAGAAGGCUGCCCACACACCUCCAGCAGAUUGGAGCCUGGCCUAAAGCCACCUUUUGUGUGGCUUGUGUCAAGAUCAAAUGGCAUGUCACAGUGGUUUCCUCACUAUGUCAGAUAUACAGGGCUGGCCCCAAGUCCCCCACCAGGGGGUGUUAAUUGUUAACAUUGUAGAGGUUGCUGUUCCCCUUCUGCCCACUGGCGGCCGAGCUCCUGGUAUGCACCAGUCCCUACACCUCUCACUGUAUAGAGGGUCUUGGUCAGGGCAGAGUAGCAAAGUGGAUUGCCUUCUCCAGGACACGCCCUGACCCCACCCAACUAGGGUGCUGAGAUAAGCUGUCCAUCCUCAGAAUCCCCAUCCUUUUCCUAGCCCCUAGCCUCAUUCAUGCCUUCAGUUACCUUGGUUUCCAGGUAUUCUUAGGGCCUUACCCAGUGCUAAGGUGGCUCCAGGCAGGAAGUAAUAGGUUAUUCUCAUCAAGGCUCAAACUUUUCUUUGCUUUUUGGCCACUCCCACAUCCUGUGAAAGUUCCGCGGCCAGGGAUUGAAUCCACAACACAGCUGUGACCCAAGCUACUACAGUAACAAUGCCAGGUCUUUAACCCACUGAGCCACCAGGGAACUCCAGACCUCAAGCUUUGUUGUCACUUUCUAUAGGCCACUUUUCAUAGUGGUCCAUCCAGGGCUCACUUCCUUUGCCUGUGACACAUUACAGAGGAAUGGGUUCCUUAAGAAUCCUGUGUCCACACCUUCCCAUCUUUCAGGAUGAGCCCGUGGAGUGGGAGACACCUGACCUUUCUCAGGCUGAGAUUGAGCAGAAGAUCAAGGAGUACAACAGCCAGAUCAACAGCAACCUGUUCAUGAGCCUUAACAAAGACGGCUCCUAUACAGGCUUCAUCAAGGUUCAGCUGAAGCUGGUGCGUCCUGUAUCCGUUCCCUCCAGCAAGAAGCCACCCUCCUUGCAGGAUGCCCGGCGGGGCCCAGGGCGGGGCACAGCUGUGAAACGCCGUACCUCCUUCUACCUGCCUAAGGAUGCUGUCAAGCACCUGCAUGUGUUGUCACGCACCCGGGCACGUGAAGUCAUCGAGGCCCUGCUGCGCAAGUUCUUGGUGGUAGAUGAUCCCCGCAAGUUUGCGCUCUUUGAGCGGGCUGAGCGCCAUGGCCAAGUGUACCUCCGGAAGCUAUCAGAUGAUGAGCAGCCCCUUCGGCUCCGGCUCCUCGCAGGGCCCAGUGAGAAGGCCCUAAGCUUUGUCCUGAAAGAAAAUGACUCUGGGGAGGUGAACUGGGAUGCUUUCAGCAUGCCUGAACUACACAACUUCCUACGCAUCCUGCAGCGGGAAGAAGAGGAACACCUCCGCCAGAUCCUGAAGAAGUACUCCUAUUGCCGCCAGAAGAUCCAGGAAGCCCUGCAUGCCUGCCCCCUGGGGUGACCUCUUGUACCCCUGGGGUGACCUCUUGUACCCCUGGGUGGAAGGAGGAGAGUAGGCAGCGCCAAGGGCGUGCCGUGUGAGUGUGCGAAGGCCCAUGUGGCCUGAGGAAUGAAUGUGCAUGGAGGCCCUCUCUUGCUGGGGGAAUGAGCCCAGAGAACAGCGAAGGAGCUGGUCCCCUGUGUCCACAAGUGGGUGUAACAGAGCAUGGCUCUGCACCCUUCUGCCCUUCAUGUACUGGGUCAUGGUGGGCCAGGGUUGCCCUGGGAAGCUGCUCCAGGGUUGCCAAUGGGGCUGGAGCAGACAGAAGUCUACUUAAUUUGUAUCUUAGAUACAAGAAUCUUUGAGAUCCUACAAACAAAUAAUAGGGUCAUGUUUGCAGGGAUGAGGGCCCUCAUCUAUGGUGAAAGAUUGUGUUUUAAGUCUUGGAUAGGGUCUCAGGACAGCCCUGUCACAACCAAGGAUGGAUAUUCUAGGCAUCAAGGAAGUCUAGGAUUCUCUCUGUAGCACCCUCUGACUCCUCAGACACUCUGGGGUCAGGUAGUGCUAGCUCAUGGUGCAGCAAUGGUGCCUCAGUGCCUCCUCCAAGGAGGAUGUCCCUGGGUCAGGGUUUGUGUGUGGGCACUGGCCCACCUCUGUGCCUUGUUUGCCAGUCAAAGCCAGGGUCUUUCCCUUGAGUAUUUUUGAUGAUGUGUGCGAAUGUAUGUAAUAUUUUGUGACCUCAGCUCACUGCCUCCUGUUGGGAAAGGGGUCGGGGUGAAGGGCAUCAGGGCCUGGGGCUUGAGAGAAUUGGCUGAAUAAAGAUUUAAGCAUUC